CGCCUCGAUUAUUCGGGCGGGUCGUGGCGGCGGCUCUCCUUACCUCCCUCGGGAUGCCGAAGGCUGAGGAGCUGGCGGCGGCGAGCGGCCCGGGGAGCAGCCCGGAGGAAGAAGAAGAAGAGGAAGGAAAGAAAAGGAAGAAAGAAAUGCGUUCAAAGUCAGAGAAAAGGCCCAAAACUGAGGCGAGGCCUUCGAGAGUGGCAGCAAAGUCCCAGGGACGGGACAGCAAAGAGGAGGGCAUGUUCCAGAUAGGGAAGAUGCGCUACGUCCAAGUGUCCUGCUUCAAGGGGAAGGUGCUGGUGGACAUCAGGGAGUUCUAUACGGACAAGGAGGGGGACAUGAAGCCGGGGAGAAAAGGUUGUGCGUUCCUCACGUACUGUGCCAGAGACUCUGCUAUCAAAGCCCAGACAGCACUGCACGAACAGAAGACUUUGCCAGGGAUGGCACGUCCGAUUCAGGUGAAACCUGCAGACAGCGAGAGCCGUGGAGGUAGGGACAGGAAGCUCUUUGUGGGCAUGUUAAAUAAGCAGCAGUCUGAGGAUGACGUGCUUCGGCUCUUUGAACCAUUUGGGGUCAUUGAUGAAUGUACGGUGCUGCGUGGACCUGAUGGGAACAGCAAAGGCUGUGCUUUUGUAAAGUUCUCAUCUCACACAGAGGCUCAGGCAGCAAUCCACGCACUCCACGGCAGCCAGACAAUGCCCGGCGCUUCCUCCAGUCUAGUGGUGAAGUUUGCUGACACAGAUAAGGAGAGGACCCUCCGUCGUAUGCAGCAAAUGGUGGGGCAGCUGGGGAUAUUCACUCCAUCUCUCACCUUGCCGUUCAGCCCAUACAGCGCCUAUGCGCAGGCUCUGAUGCAGCAGCAGACGACCGUCCUGUCCACCUCCCACGGCAGCUACCUGAGCCCCGGCGUCGCCUUCUCGCCGUGCCACAUCCAGCAGAUCGGGGCAGUCAGUCUGAACGGGCUGCCGGCAGCACCCAUUGCACAGACAUCAGGGCUGCACUCACCGCCUCUCCUGGGAACGACAGCCAUGCCGGGGCUGGUGGCACCCAUUUCCAAUGGGUUUACUGGCGUGGUGCCCUUUCCCAACGGCCAUCCGUCCUUGGAAACAGUUUACACCAAUGGCUUUGUACCAUAUUCAGCCCAGAGCCCAUCGGUAGCAGAGACCCUGCACCCAGCCUUCACCGGCGUCCAGCAGUACGCAGCUGUGUAUCCAACCACCUCCAUCACCCCCAUUGCGCAGAGCAUCCCGCAGCCGCCGCCCGUCCUGCAGCAGCAGCAGCGUGAAGGUCCUGAAGGCUGCAACCUCUUCAUCUACCAUCUCCCUCAGGAGUUUGGAGACAAUGAGUUGAUGCAGAUGUUCCUUCCCUUUGGCAAUAUCAUCUCCUCCAAGGUGUUCAUGGAUCGUGCCACCAACCAGAGCAAGUGUUUUGGUUUUGUAAGCUUCGACAACCCAUCCAGUGCACAAACUGCCAUCCAGGCCAUGAAUGGCUUCCAGAUUGGCAUGAAACGUUUGAAGGUCCAAUUGAAACGACCCAAGGAUGCCAACCAUCCCUAUUGACAGCAGCGAGCAAGCAGGAGUCACUUCUGCAGCACAGAUCCAGUAUUACACAGCCCGUUGUUUUUCUUUUCUCUCCUUGAAGUGACUCACAGGACCAAACUUUCCCAUUCAGACACUACUUGUCAGAGGGGUUGGAAGCGAAGGGUUUACCUCUGCAGCCGUGUCUUCUCAGCGGGCACUGCAAACAGACCUGAACAUUUUGAGAGGAUGCCUGGAUGGACAGAGAGCGAGGGAGGGCCCAUCUCCCCGCUCAGCAUCAGCACCAAGCGAGGAGAAGGAGAACUACUUACCUCCAGGGUUAGGGCACA